AUGCCAGAGCAGACUCCGAACUGCACUGAGAUAUCCCAGCCGAGCAAUUUCAUUUAUCAGAAAACCUUUGACGAAGUUCUUAUUUUGUGCUUCGAUACAAGAAAGUAUUUUGGACAAAGCUCGACAAUUCGAGUGAUAGUGGCCUCGUACUCCUGCACAUCGUUGCACUUGCCGAAGGUCCCUACCCUCCAGUUCCGACAGGCAUCCAAUAUCACCUAUCAACAAAUAUCAAUGUCAUCUACUUCCGCCUUAGAGACCCGUCCUCAGGGAACAACCGCCAAAGCGUCGACCAUUGGCAUAGAAGACACCAGGUCAUUCCAGAUCGAUCCUCAUCACAACCGCUGCUUAGGCCCCUAUAGAGAGGUAGUCGAACGAUGCCCAGUGUGCGCCGGCCAUCCGACACGGUAUGCUUGCGCACAUUGCAACUGCACCGGUAUUGUCAGAUAUAUUUGCGUCCAUUGCCGAGAGUCCGACGCUAUAAAAGAAGCCAUUGCCCUUGCUUCCUCCACAGCAAAUACGCCUAAAGACCGGGUGCAAGAACUCAGGUAA